CACUAUGUGUGGGAAUGUGUGUGAGAAAAAGUUGCAGACAAAGCUGUGCAGAGCGUCAGAGCGAGCGUGUCGUCGGGUGAGGACGCACACGGUGUCGGAGCGUCCGCGGGACAUGUAGUUUGGAGCUCAGGCAGCAGCUGGAAGUUUUUAGUUUCUUUUAUUUUCGUUUGCUCUGGGUUUGGUUUUAGCUCGUUAACUCUGGGAAAAAGAUCUUCGGCUUGUGAUCGCUGGAAUAUAUAAACGUUUAACGAGUCUGGAGCCCGAGCAGAGAUCUUUCACUGCGAGGAGACUAUGCAGCCGACAUCAGGGACUCACAACCAUGACAACUGUGUUCAGACGCAACUGUGCGCCCAGCUGGAGUUCGUGCAGAUCCUGGUGAUCGUGGUGGUGAUGAUGGUGAUGGUGGUGGUCAUCACCUGUCUGCUGAACCACUACCGCCUAUCGGCACGCUCCCUCCUCUCAAGACACGCCCCGACGCGCAGGAGACACCUGCCAUUGGCCAACGAGGGAAGUCUGUGGUCUUCUGAGGGCACGGGGACAAACAGUGGACUAAAUGAGCACCAGGUGUAUAACCCCCGCCCUCCAGACAGAGGGGUCUCCUCGUCCUACCUGCAGCGGGAGCCUCAGCACGCCCAGUCCCAGUCCCAGCCUCCUCUCCAGUCCCAGCGCUUCCAGCACACGUACGCCCCGAGUCGCUUCCAGCCGACGUAUCCCUACCUGCCCCAGAGCCUCAUCGAUCUACCGCCGACCAUCUGCCUCUCGGACGGGGAGGAGCCGCCGCCGUACCAGGGCCCCUGCACCCUGCAGCUUCGAGACCCGGAGCAGCAGAUGGAGCUGAACCGCGAGUCGGUCAGAGCGCCGCCCAACCGAACAGUGUUCGACUCCCAUUCCCUCGACUCAACGAGCUCCUGUCUGCAGGCCAGUCUGCAGGCCCCUCCUCCGAGCGUCCACUCAGGCAUCAGUGUGCUAGAAGCCCAGGAGGCCUUGUCCCGGCAGCAGAAGCAGGGCUCCCGAGUCGAAGGAGCUCCCCCAACCUACAGCGAGGUGAUCGGGCACUACUACCACCCGACAUCCCUCACCCCUAACCACAGCCACCGGACUGUAUCGUCCUCACAAGCGCCGCCAUCCUCGUUCAUACACGGCCUGCUCCGACCUCCGCCUCAGCAGCAGCAGCAGCAAGGAAGCGUGGACAACAGGAACGCAAGGAAUACGAAGGAGAAAUCCCAGAAGCCUCAGCAGGUGUGACAGUACUGCUUCCUUAUUCCUAGCCUGCGGGAAGACCAGGAUCAUGUCUGCUCACCACUUGGGAAGUGGCCAAUAGCAAAUGAGGAACAACCUGGUUCGGUAACGGUUAAAAAAAAAUCCACUCUGAAUGGUCUGAGGGUCGGUUCACGUUAGUUGUAGUUGUUGUAGCUGACAUGUGGUCACCCGCUUCAUGGAUCGGGCUAGGACUGGGAAGCGGCGCACGCUCGGCUUCUCGAACACCUGGAAACCACAUCUCUCCUGCAGAGCACAGUUGCGGGAGAAAAUCUGGUACUUCCUGUUCCACCGCUUCUUACUUCCCGCCUGGGGAGCACUUCAGAUGAACCGAUGAUGUCAGAGAAGAGGGCAGAAGGUGCGAAGGGAAGGACGGAGACAGAAGCCUCCUCCUUCCCUUGACAACUCCACCUCGUCCCUCUUCUGUCAGACUGAUCUAACUUCAUUCAUUAUAAAUAUUUACUUGUUCCGUUUGUUUCUAUAGAACUUUUUGUCCGUUUGUUCGUCUUUUUUUUUUUUUUCGUGCUUACAAAAGAAAAUUCCUAUCCAGGCAAACGGCGAAAUGUUGCAAUCUUCUUGGUUCUUCCAGGUUUUUGUUUUCUCGUGAUAAUCGCCCACGCUGCUUUUCGACUCCCGUUCAGUUCAACGUUCGACUCCUGCUCCAGGCUUUUAGCUGCAUCACCGGGACACGCGAGCACGUUAGAAUAUUUCCAGAGAGAGAGUUUUAGUUGAACUAGUUCGUAGCACAGUGCCGAAAGUCCUCGAGCUUGCCUUAUAUCGACCAACCGAUGCAGGAGUUGUCGCUAAAAUUCUUUUUUUUGUUUUAAUUUUUUAUGUUUUCUAAAGAAGGUUUGCACAAAGUUCAAGACUGUUCACCGCAGAAGAAAGAAAGAAAACCCGCAAUAUGAUCGAGAUGAGAGAGAAAACAGUGAACGUAGGAGUAUUUUUCUAAACUAGAUAGAUUCUUUUUUCUGUUUUAUAUGUUGUGUAGUUUUAGACAAAAGAAAAGAAGAAACAAACAUCAGUAAUCUGUUGGGGUGCCAACUUUCACAUUGAACAUUUUGCUACGUACAUGUUGGCAUGUAUAUACGGUUACAGACUGAGUAUAUAUAUAUACACACACACACAUGUAUGCAAACCGAGAGCGAACUUAAAAAGCACGAAUUUAGAGUUAUUUAUAUAAUUGCUGAAAAGAAUUGCACUAUUUUUUAAGGAUGCGCAGAUGGAACGUGUGUGAGAGACUUUUAUUGUGAAGGAGCUCCAUCUAUUGAGGCGUUAAAAAAAAAACACAUAGAGAGAGAGACCCACGAAAACACUCGGACUCACCAGAGAGUCGGACCAGCUCGGUGCACGGUAACAUAUCAUGCGGGAGGUUCUGACUUUGGUUUAACGGACUCGGAUCAACUAUUACUGUACCAUUGAUUUAAAAAAAACAACAAAAUAAAUCCCUUGUUUAUGCAAAUGUCCGAGUCACGCGAGCCAACCGCAAGUCAGCAUUCGAACCUGUUGGGGCCCAAUCAGAAACUCUGCUCGCUCUCUCUUUUUUCAUCCGUCUUGGCCGAAUCGUUAGCCAAUCCCAAAGCUGGCUGUCACUACCUCGACCAAACAAGUACAAGCACAUACGAGUUUGCUCAUCGGACGCCGACGGACGUCUGAACUAAUCAAGACGAUGUGUGAUGUAACGGUAGAGUAGAGUUAGUUUUUAAUCCUCCUUAUUUUUUAUUUGAAUGUCAGAUUUUUGGUUUUUUGUUCGUCGGGUGAGAAGAGAGAGAAACGACGCAGAUCCCGCGACGCUUCUUUCUGUAUGAAGGAAGCCAAGGUCGCCCUACAGGCCCCGACAUACGUGAUACCUGUGCACUGCAUAUAAACACACACAUUAAACCAACACACACCUCCAGUUCAUCUCCUGCCUUCUCCAACACUCACACCGUCCUCUCUGGCGAGUCUCUCUCUCUCUUUUCUUGCAGGCAUCUCUGAGCACUUUACUGCAGCAGGAACGAGACAACAAUCUCCUGUCAGCCAGCGUCGGACACACGAUGAAACUUGAACAAAACAAAACAAAACAAAACGGUAGAAACCCGUAAUUUUAGACACGCUCUUUAAGAGAUGCAAAGAGUUGUGCUGCAAAACUUUUAAACAUCCUUCGAGUGGAAUUUAACAACUGACUGUUCGAGUUUGGACGAUCUUGUGACUCAGGCUGGGUAUCUUUUCAGGUCUGUCCAAUAGUAAGACCGUUAAACAAGCAACAUUUUUCAAGAUAUAUAUAGUAUAAUAAAACUUUCAUUUAAAUCUAGUUUUUCUUUUGACAGUUUCCGAUACUCGAGGUUCGAUACCCAGCCGACUCACCGUAAGAUCAAGUCAUUAUCGUAGCCUCUUCUUCACGAGGUGGAUGUUUCGGUUUUGGAGCGAAACUCUUUGUGCGUCGUCGAACGCAGCGCGAGGCGAGUUGUCGCAAACUAGACACAGUGAAGUGUUGAAAAGUGACACGAGUGUUAAUCGCAACUCGUCUUUUGUCGUCUCUUAAAGAUAAAAAAACUGUUGUUUAAACUCAAAGAUCAGCGCAUGCUUGAAGUUUUUUAAGAUGAAGCGUGACCUUUCGGGUACCACGGGCUCUAAAUGAAGCCGGCGCCCUUUAACGUCCAGCCUUUAUGCAAACAGCGCCCUCCACAGGGGCCGAACCAAACCGCAGCCAAAACUCCCGAAGCUGAGUGAGCUUAACUUUGUAGAGGAGAGAGUCGAGAGGCCAAAAAAAAACCUGAUUCGGUGAAUCCUUAAAUCUCAGAUGAAUCAGCGAAGCAUCUGUUUUCCCCUCUGUGAUCUGUGAACAGUCCUUACACUCACCUCGCCAUCUGGAUGAGAAAUAUUUCAUCUGCUGAACAACAAGAAUCAUUUUUGUUUACUAUGUUGUCUCUGUUUUCUAAUCCGAACAAAGAUGGCAACAAGAAACAAGUUUGAAAAUCUUUUGUUUGAUGCAGCAGGUGGAACAAUUUCGAGUGUUCCUCGAGGACGAGGUCGUCACCUUUCAGAAAAAGAGACACUCUUAUAAAAACAGUGUCUUCGUCAGAUGAGCAGAGGUUAGUUUUCUGUUUCCUCGUUGCCUUAAACGUCAAAAAGUUGACGUGUAAUCACGUCCUUUCGAUCCGUCAUGUUUACCGUCCUCUCUUUCUCCUUUUUGUCCACAGCCAUAUUUUUUUUAUUUAAUGACGAGCACUUGAAGAAAAAAGAAAUCAUCGUGUGUAGAAUAGAUUAAUCUCUUGACCCAAAGUAGCGAAAGGAGCGAUGAGGGGAUCAAUCAAAGUAUGAAUCAAACGUUUGACCUCGGAAUGAGACGACGAGCCCAGAAGUUUUCCUUUCCUUUCCUUUCCUUUCCUUUCCUUUCCUCCUUUGUAGACUGGGCUGUUACCCUUUUUUUCUUUAAGAAUUGGUUCGGUUCCCUGCGAUGGAGGGUUUGCAGCGGGUAUGAGAAGGCUGGACGGGCUCCGAUCAAACCAUCGUAACAACAAUAAUAAUAUUAAUGUAACUGAGAAGUGAAACGGUGUCGGAUCAAUCUCUCGCUUCAGGGAAACCUGCGCUGGCUGACAAUACUUACAAAAAAAAAAAGACGGGAAGGAGAGGAGGGACACGACAACACCUCCACCUACACAUCAGACCAAUCAGACGUCUCCGAGCCAGAAAUAAUCUGCGUCUUUGCUGUAAUCCAGCGUGAUGGAAGUGUUUUUGUAAAGUCAGCAGGCAGUGUCUUUUCCCAGGGAAGUGUGUGUGUGUGUGUGUGUGUGUGUGUGUGUGUGUGUGUACACUGACGUGCCCUGGGAAAGACCUCCAGCUGUCUAGACAAAAACCAAACACACACACCGAGCAGACUAAACAAACUAACCCAAGAACCAGACCUCACACACACACACACACACACACACACACACACACACAGGUGCACUUUUAUCCUGAUUGUGGACCACACACACACACACACACACACACACACACCUCCUUCUUCUUCCCGUCUGAACGAGCUCUUCCUGUUCCCUAGAGAUGCCUGCUGCUGUCCAAUGACAGAGCUCCUGUCGGACCCUCUCUCGCUGCCAUUGGCUGGCUGGCCUGGCUGAUUAUCGACUGGUCUCUUUUCGGUCUCCUUGGAAACGUUUGUUUGUUUUAUUGUCGUUGCUAUGUCGUACAAGUGUGCCUGCCUGUGCUGAGACGGGCGAAAAAAUGUGAGUGGCCAGUUUUUGGGCUGUCAAUCAUCCCAAAAAGGCCACGCCUCCUUACUGUCUCAGACGAUGAUUGGAUGAUGAUGAUGAUGAUGAUGAUGAUGAGAUUGAGGAUGAUGAAGAUAGAUGUUUUUGAUAGUGAUGCCGCAGAGAGCGUUGCAAUACACCUACUAUUUGCCUUUUUGAUAAUAUUAGUCAUAUUUUAACGUAGUGUGCUAAAUGUACGUUUUUUUAUUGUUGUUGUUGUUGUUGUUGUUGUUUAUUCACUUGAGAACAAAAAAAAAGGUCAUUUUACUUCAAUCCAUCAACUCAAAACAACUUUUCUUUUUCUCAUUUGUAAAACUUUGAGAGUGUAAAACUACCUAACACACCCGAGCUGCAGAUCACUGGGAGGACGUGUAAAUACAACAAAAUGUGCUUUAAGUGCCCUUUCUCCAGCUUAAAGAGCAAACGGUGCGAUUCUUACAUCCUAACCACCACUGUGCACACUUCAUUCAGUGCCGACGCACCGACAAGUUCGACUUCUUCGUUGCAUGUAAACUUCCCACAAACGUCCCUGAGUAAUCAUCACCCGGGCCCAGCGUCUACAUGUGUGCCUUUCUGGUGUCCGGGGGCUCAAACGGAGACUUCAUCCGUCUGUAACAAAAAGAAAAACAAACAAACAAACAAAAAAAGCGUUAUAGUGCAAUGAACCCGAUGUUGUUGCCUUUUGUUGUGACAGUUAAGACGUCAGACAGAGCCGAAACAUUCACAAGAUACAAACAAAAGCUAACCGGGCAUGACGUAUGGAAGCUCGUUAAUGUCAAGAAAAGAAAAAAAUGUGACACUUGCAGAGAUUCAAACUUUAUUCUGGAAUAAAUAAACUUUUAAUUACGUAAACAUUACGACUUCGCAAACUCCAAAAAUCUAAAUUUGUUAUAUCGACUUACAAAGUCACAUUUUUCACUUAAACUUUCAUCAUUUCCAGUAUUUUAUUUCAUUUUUUUUCUUUCCUUGGCAAAUCUGAGCUUCCAUAAUGAUGAAAAAA